UUCAAGUGCUUUUCCUCCAUUUUCUUUUAUUAGGGCACUUGCACACAGUAACACACAGCGGUAGUGAGGUGAAUCGGUGGUGGCUGACUGCGGCCAAGAUGCUAACGAGUGAUAUACCUCCGAACCAGACCAUAUACAUCAAGAAUCUCAACGAGAAAAUCAAGAAAGAAGAGUUGAAGAGAUCUCUUUAUGCCUUGUUCUCACAGUAUGGGAGGAUUGUGGACAUUGUUGCAUUGAAAACUGCCAAGCUUCGAGGACAGGCAUGGGUUGUGUUCAGUGAAGUGACAGCUGCAAGCAAUGCAGUACGACAGAUGCAAAAUUUCCCAUUUUAUGACAAACCUAUGAGGAUACAAUAUGCUAAAACAAAGUCAGAUUGCAUUGCUAAAGCUGAGGGUACCUAUGACAAGAAAAAGAAGCAAGAGGAAAAAGCUGAGAGAAAGAGACGUGGUGAAGAAGGUCAGCAAAAUGCCACUGCAAAUGGCCCCAGAGCCGAUACUAAUGGAGGCGCAGCUGCUGCCUCGCGGAAGCCAGGCCCUCAAGAAGCAGCUGCUGAGCCUAACAACAUACUCUUCAUACAAAAUCUUCCGUACGAAACAAACAGUAUGAUGCUGGAAUUGCUCUUCAAACAGUACCCUGGUUUCCGAGAAGUCCGGAUGGUGGAAGCAAAGCCUGGUAUUGCCUUUGUAGAAUUUGAAGACGACUCGCAGUCUUCCGUUGCCAUGCAGGACCUUCAAGGCUUUAAAAUCACUUCCCAGAAUCCCAUGGCCAUCACAUACGCCAAAAAGUAAGAAAUCUUCUGCUUGUUUUUGCUGAGUGCGCUUCCCUUUUACGCUCAUCAUGUUGAGAUAAUUGUAAAAGUUUAGGAAUUUGGUGUACUGUAUCUAAAUAGACAUCUAAAGUAGCACAGACAAAUCAGGUUCAUUGUUCUAAUAGUAGGCAAAUUGUUACGGAACAGUACCGCUUUAAUAUGUACUCCUACACUCAACUGUUGUUUAGCUGACUUUAGCUGAGGUGAGCUCUCUAUGGAGAUAAUCUUCUUCAAUAUCACAACUA